UGCCGCUCGUUCCAGCAACACAAGCAGCAGCUCCAGCUACUAGUAUCAAACUAGGCCUAGGCACCGAGCCAAAGCUCAUCCCAGACCACCACCAGCAUGGCUUCCAACAGCUGGACCCUAGAGAUCCCGUCGCCGGUGGCCGCGCCGCGCCUGUUCCGCGCCGCCGUGAUGGACUGGCACAACCUGGCGCCCAAGGUCGCCUCUCACGUCGUCACAAGCGCCCAUCCCGUGGAGGGCGACGGCGGUGUUGGCAGCGUCAGGCAGUUCAACUUCACCUCAUUCAUGCCGUUCAGCUUCAUGAAGGAGAAGCUCGAGUCCCUGGACGUGGACAAAUGCGAGUGCAAGUCGACGCUCGUCGAGGGUGGCGGCAUCGGCGUGGCCGUCGAGACCGCGGCGUCGCACAUCAAGGUGGAGCCCGCGGCCGGCGGCGGCAGCGUGGUGAAGGUGGAGUCGACCUACAAGCUGCUGCCGGGUGUGGACGUGAAGGGCGAGGAAGUCAAGGCCAAGGAGGCAGUCACCGCCAUUUUCAAGGGUGCCGAGGCCUACCUCGUCGCCAACCCCGACGCCUACAACUAAAUACUAUGUGGAUUGGGAUGCGAUUCCACUUCACGGGCGGCUUAUACAUGUUUUGAUAUAUACCGAGAUUGGGUUUUCUUUCAUGUUCCUUUUUUUCAUACAAAAUAAAUAAAGCUGCUCUAAACUGUGUGUCGUGUAUGGACUUGAUCGUUGUGUGUGUGACUAUGUAUACCCUCAUGGUUUUGUGUGGGAAAAAAAGGGCAUUCUGUUUUGGAAUCUUAUGCACUGAAUAAAGAAUUUUGCACAUUUUGAAUA